UUCAAUACAAAGUUUGCAACAACAUCCUGCAACUUGGUAAUUUCGUGUAUCCGCUGACAUUGCAAAUUCUUGUUUUUGUAAAUCAAUCAAGUGUGCAGAACUACAAGAAAUCAGCUAAUCAUCAAUGCUUCCAAGUUCUAACAUAGGAAAAACAGCAUGUGGCUACCAAAAAAGUGUCAGCGAGUCGCAAAGUCUCGCAGCAGGGAGAUAAUUAAUGAGUGUUUAUCGCAAACGCAAGGUGGUUCUGGGGAAACCUUCGCUUGUAACCGAUGCGGUGAGUUGGUGGCAUUUUUUGCCGCUCAGUGCCGGCGCCAGAUGAGGUAAACGCGAGUACGCACGCGCUCGCUGACGUUGCACAAUACGAUUCACGGCGGGCCCCUACUCGCGGCAGAGACGAGGUUCAGACGCCGGCCCCCGCCCGCCUCGCCCCGCCUCGCCGCCUCGCCCCGCGCCAGUUGCCUCGCAGCUGCCGCGCGCGCCUGUCGCAUAUUCUAUGCGACUCCGCUCUUCCUUCACCAUAAUAUGGAUAUACAGCACAUCCGCGCUCUUAUCAACAUCCAAUUCUCGUUUCUGUGGUUUUACGAAGUUGCCGACAAAUACAAAUGGAUUAUAUUUAGAUAAAUCAGUGUGAUCGGUUUGCGGUGCAAAUGUGAUUUUAUACAAUUAGUGUAUUAACUUAUUUAUUAUAAAAUGAUAUUAGUUAAGGACCAACAAUGGAACGUAACAAAUCGAAAGCAUUUCGAUGGUGUGCUUCCUACAACAGUGAUGUAAUGUUAUAUAGUGCAUAGUGAUCCCAAAGUCUGAUGUUAGACUGCGUUAAGUUAUUUAUUAGUUAGUUUUGUACUGUGUAAUAGUGAUGCUGAUCAAUACGUUUUUGGACACGGAGGAUUUCGUGCACUUGUAUUACCCUGAGGAUGAGCCAGCGGGCGCGCAGGGCUGCGGAGCUGGGGCACGCAUGGCCAGCAAGUACCCGCGCCCGCCCUCGCCUGAAUACUCCUCUUCUCAGUCUCAGGUGUCAACGUCGUCGUCUCGCGCGAUGAGCGAGCGCGACCGGGAACGCGACCGGGAGCGCUGGGGCGCCCCGCCGCAGCCCGAGCCGCCGCCGCACCGCGUGCGAGCCGCGGACCUGUACCCGCGGCUGCGGACACAUUGCGACGAGCCCGGCCUAGAUGUGCCGUUCACACCGAUAUGUGGAGAGUUCGUGCAGUGGGUCGGCCGCACGGCGGACGGCGGCACCAUCGCGAUGUCCAACUACCGCCUCCACGCUCAACCUCGGCGGCGGAGCGGGCCUGGCGCCUCCGUGCCGCUGCGGCUUAUCGACGCGGUCGAGAUUAAGGAUCUGCUGGGCCUUGUUGUACUGUGCAAGCAUGGCAGGCAGCUUCAGUGUACAUUCAACACAGGCGACCAAUGCCUGGAAUGGUGGCAACGCCUCAGCACCGCUCUAUCGCCCAUGAGUUCAGUCCAAGAAACCUUCGCCGCGGCAUACGCGGCGUGGGCCAAGGAGCAACCGCCCGCCUCCGUCCAUAGAGCCCUGAUGAGGGCCUCUAACGCCCCACACAGGAACUGGUUCGGCCCUGAGGUGGAAAGGCUCGGUUUCACAACGAAAGGCGCGUGGCGAGUAACGGCGGCCAACGCCGACUACAAGCUAUGUUCCUCCUACCCACCUCUACUGGUGGUCCCGGCGUCCAUCGGCGAUGAAGACCUCGACUCCGUUGCGAGGUUUCGCGCCAUGCGUCGAGUCCCCGCCGUAGUGUGGCGGCACCGAGGCAACGGCGCGGUCAUCGCGCGGACCUCGCAGCCCGAAGUGGGCUGGUUCGGCUGGCGGUCCUCUGAGGACGAGCGGUUGUUAGCUGCGUUCGUCUCCGCCUGUAACACCGAUAGGGGCGUGCAACCGGCUAACACUAACAAGCAAACGAAACUUCUAAUAGUAGACGCACGAUCAUACGCUUCAGCAGUAACGAACAGAGCUCGCGGCGGGGGCUGCGAGUGCCAACAAUACUACCCGUUCGCAGACAUACAGUUCAUGAGCCUACCGAACAUACAUCACGUGCGCAGAUCAUUCCUGCAGCUACGAGCGCUGGCUGCCGAACCUAGCGACCAGGCCAACUGGCAUAGCAACCUAGAACGCACGCUAUGGCUCCAAUACAUCUCGGGCGUAGCGCGAGCGGCCAGCGUAGUGGCCCGAGCCGUGCUGGCCGGACGACCGGUGCUGGUCCACUGUUCGGACGGCUGGGACCGCACGCCGCAGAUCGUGGCCGCCGCGCAACUCAUCCUCGACGUGCACUAUAGGACGCUCGAGGGUUUCCGAGUACUAGUAGAACGUGAAUGGCUAGACUUCGGUCACAAGUUCGCCGACCGUUGCGGCCACCAGUUCGGUCCUGAAGACCCGAACGAGCGCUCGCCAAUCUUCCUCCAAUGGCUGGACGUGGUGUACCAGCUCAUGAGGCAGUAUCCCUGCAGUUUCGAGUUCAACGAGGCAUAUCUGAUAAAACUAGCAACACACGUCCACUCGUGCAUGUUCGGCACGUUCCUCUGCAACACGAGCCGCGAGCGAAGCGAGGCGCGCGUCCCCGAAACCACCGCUCAAGUGUGGGAGUUGCUACGCGCGCCGGCGUACAGGAACCAUCUCUACUCGCCGCACCAUUCACGAUCUGAACAGGUCCUAUGGCCAGAAUACGGGGUGCGCUCCAUGCAGCUGUGGUGGGGCAUGUACUGUGGCGAGCGCGAGGUACCGGACGACGAGCAGCCCGAGCCUGAGGCCGUGUCGCCGCCGCACCCGCCCGCCAACGGUUUAAUGACCAAAACAAGAUCUUGUGAUAAUUUACUAAGCGAAGGAGAGAAAAGGACAACACAACGACGGUGUAGUGACCCCAGUAUAGCACCUGAUGUCAUGAAACUGUCAAGCAUAAUGGCGGCGGAGUGUGAUCCUCGGAGAGAAUCCCGCGCGCUCACCGACAGCUGCGUGGACGAGCUGCGGCCCGUGCGGGACUUGGAGCCCGAGCCCCGCCGCGACCAGGUGGACGGCCUCCAUCCAGACCAUUUCGAGACCUCGCGUUUACCUCGCGACCUCGCCAGCGGAUCCUCCUCGCUCGAGCGCGAGCUGGUCGGCGCCGUCGACUCCGACCACACCGACAACACCGACAACGACCACGAGAUCGCCGACAACGUCGUCGAUCGCGUUAUAGACCACGACGAGCCGGUGAGACCGGCGAUCGAGGUUGAGGUGUCGCCUGAAGGCACGCCUGAGGAUACGGCCGUGUUUGUUAGGGCGUUCGAUGAGCGAGGCUUGCCUGAGGGCCCACAAAACGGCAGUCGAACCCGACACAUAAGCAUCACGUGGCGAUCCAUCUCUGAAUCCUCUAACCAAUCUUCAACCGGUUUCGACCUCCCUGAGCCGCACGAGCGCUCCCCAGUCACUCACGAGCGGUCACCGGUCUCUCACGACCUGGCGGUCACUCACGAUGGUGACCACGAGCGGUCACCGACCGAGGAACUGAUGAACCACUUACCGCAGAAUGGAGUGAGCAACGGAGUCAAUGGGGUUGAAGAGAUUGAGCCGAAAUUUUUGGAGAUUGAUUUGAAUGGGAGCGACCCGGGCAGCACGUCGUCGAGCUCGGGGUCGCCGCCGCGGCGCGCGCGCGUGGCCAGCCAGCUCACGCUGUGCCCCGCCAGCCCGCGCCGCCGCUGCCCGCACUGCACCACCAGUGGCAUCUCGACCUCGGGCGAGUCCGGCACGAGCUCGGAGUGCUGGUGCGGCGUGUGCGGCGGCGAGUUGGGCGCGGCGCGCGCGCGCUGCGUGUGCGGCGCGCGCGCGCACGCCGCCGACCCGCUCGACGGCCUGCCGCCCGUCUCCGACCCGCUGCAGGCCAGGCUGCACCAGAUAAUACUCUACCAGAAGAAAGUGGUAGAAGAGCUGACCGGGCAGCUCCGGUCGGCGCGGGAGGCGCUGCGGCGCGCGUCGCCGCCGCCCGCCGCGCCGGCGCGCCCCUCCCCGUCCGCGCCCAGCCCCACGCAGAUGACGAGCAGCGGCAGCGGACGCGGAAGCGCGAGCGGCAGCAGUAGCGGCAGUGCGAGCGAGGUGGAAGUCGGCGAGGAGGCCCGGGGCGUCGUGUGGCUGCCGGACAGCGCCGCGCCGCGCUGCCAGUACUGCCGGAACCACUUCUGGCUGGCCAGGAGACGGCACCACUGCAGAAGAUGCGGCGGCAUAUUCUGCGGCUCGUGCUCCGAGAUGUCGCCGUGGGGCGGCUGCGCGGUGCGCGUGUGCCGGCGCUGCCGCGCGCUGCGGUGACCGCGCCCCUCCGCCCGCCGCCCGCAUCCCCGCCCCUACC